UACGGUAACAGCCAUAAGCUUGAUUUCCGGGUACCGAAAUAUAGUACCUUGACCCAGCUUGGCAACUUCGGAACAUUACCCAAACCCGACAAACACGGCUCAUCCGGAGCGCUAAAAAUAAAAGAUGAGAUCGACGAUGUACCUGAGUGCGUCGAUAUAUCCUCAAUCCCACUACCUGAUUUCCCAAGUGAAAACAUAUCCAGCUCCAAAUUGUUGGCGGAUGUAACUUUAGGGGAUAUUCCGCUACCUCCAAAAGCCAACCUGUCUUCGAUUUCACUGCCUCCUCACCCACAAAUUUCAGCCAACGGUCUUGUGAACUUAUCUCCACCACCGCCACCUCCGCCUCCACCACCCCCUCCGCCACCGCCUCCUGCAGUUUCUUCAUCAAACCCUGUUUUGUCCCACAGUGAGACUGGAACGGUACCUUUUCCAAAUUUUCGCCCUGAGCAGAUAACCGAUUCUGCAAAGUCUGCUCCCCCCUCACAGUCCAACACAACUACCGAAAAGGGUGAUAAUUCUGUCGUUCCUUUUCGAUUCGGUUAUCUUAAAAAGAGGUCCAGACCUGCACUGCUUCAAGUCGGUGUCUUGCCGUCAAAGGCGAAGCAUCUAGAAACCGAAACGAAGACAGGUCUUUUCAAACCGACCAAAGAAGACGAAGCUGAAGUAAACGCUGAGCUCUCAAACGACCCGUUAAUUGUUGUCCAAGCCAAGUUGCAUCCGGCUCUAACUACUUUGACCGAAAGCAUUCGCAGUCACCUCAGUGCUGUGGCUACUUCCCAUAUCAUCCCGGAAGCUUCCUCUACGGACUUGACCUCAGUGUUACGGGAUGUGAAUGCUAUUAACAAUUUAUCAGCCUUAACGACGGUUAAUCAGAUUAACGCAUUCAUGGAAAAUUUUGCCAAAUCUGAAGCUACUGUCUACAAAACCGGCGAUAGUCACUCUGCGUCCCAUCUGCCCGGCAAGCGACACCUCAGUUCAUCUCCCCCAACGUCACCCAAAAGGUCACGCGACGUGUCGGACACGACUCAAACCGUAAGUGAAAACCCGGACUUUGAGAAAGUUUCUGAGACUCUGAAGUCAAUGGGACCUCCUAUUGAUCAGACCUCGAAUUUUUCAAGCCUCCAGUACAUGAACCCACAAAAAAUGCGUUCUGCACAGAUGAUCUCCAUGCCAUUGAUUGCGAAUCCAGUCUUGGCCAAUCAGUCCAAGCAAACUUCUCGAAGUCGGACCCUUGAUGAUAAGGGUGCAUCCAGGCGUCGUUCUCGCUCGCACUCAAAGUCGAGAUCUUCCCGUCAUCGCAGCCGGUCCACAUCAAAACGUCGUACUCACUCGACAAGUCGCCGUCCUUCAGAUGACCGUUUACGACAGCAACGUCAUUCUAACCAUUCCGAUGGCUUACAUUCUUCCCGGGAGGUGCGCCAUUCUGAACAGAAGAGGAAGGAGACAAAUUGUGCCCAGGUUUCGCACCAGAAAGCUGGCCAGAGAUCCGAAGUAGUAUCAGAGAAAGCCAAGGACAAGAUUCUUACUUCUAAGCCAAAACAUAAUCGAGAUUCGGUCAACUCGCGUGAACAGAAACCGUCACGAACUGCUUCCUCUUGUGUAUCUUCAAAAAUCCAAAGUAAAAAUACCGGCAAGAUGUCGGAUCGUCCGAAAGAAACUGAUACCACCUCUGGUCAGCCCGAAAAGAGCGAAAAAAUAGCUAAUUCGUCUUCACCAAAAGAGGAUAAUAACAAGCAAAAAAAAUCUGAGCGCAAUGGAUCUAAGCGACCCUCCGAUAGUCAACCGAAAACCAAAACUGAAGCAAAGCGACGGUCCACUCAUGAGGAUGUAAAAAUCUCGCCCAAGAAGUCUGAUGUUGACUCUGCACGGUCAACGACUAAGUUGUCCGCUGGCCGACAGUCGCAUUCUGAGCGGAAUUCUGAGGCAUUUUCUGUGAUAGAAAGGAAAUCAUCUGGAAAAAGGGAACCGGAAAAGUGUAGGAACCACAGCGAAAGGGAGAAAAAGGACGUUACGGUCAAAAAAGGCGAGCAAUCUUCCAGUAAUAAAAGAGAAAAAAGUGGAGCCUCUAGGAUAGUCAAGGCUGAAUCGGUUCCCGAGUCGAAAUCUCAACUAUCCUCCAAAAUGCCAGUAAAAGAUGAGCAAUAUUCCACUAGUAAAAGAAAGAAGGAUGAAACCUCUGAGAAAGUCAAGCCUGAAUCGGUUCCCGAGUCGAAAUCUCAACCGUCCUCCGAAGUGCCAGAAAAAGGCGAGCAAUCUUCCACUAGUAAAAGAGAGAAGAGUGAAACCUCUAAGACAGUCAAGGCUGAAUCGGUUCCCGAGUCGAAAUUUCAACUAUCCUCCAAAAUGCCAGUAAAAGAUGAGCAAUAUUCCACUAGUAAAAGAAAGAAGGAUGAAACCUCUGAGAAAGUCAAGCCUGAAUCGGUUCCCGAGUCGAAAUCUCAACCGUCAUCCGAAAUGCCAGAAAAAGGCGAGCAAUCUUCCACCAGUAAAAGAGAGAAGACCGAAUUGGUUCCCGAGUCGAAAUCUCAACCGUCCUCCGAAAUGCCAGAAAAAGGCGAGCAAUCAUCCACCAGUAAAAGAGAGAAGCUUGAAACCUCUAAGGCAGUCAAGCCUGAAUCGGUUCCCGAGUUGAAAUCUCAACCGUCAUCUGAAACGCCAGAUAAUUCAUCGAAAUCUCGCGAACGCGACGAGCGCCCUCCCUCAAAAACGGAUGAGGAACCCUCUUAA